ACAGAGGCAAAGAACGACCAUCAUAAUGAAUGCACAAUGAUAUUACAAAAUCUGCCAACGACGCAAAAAGACCGCAGUACUUUUUUCAGCUCCGCUUCACAGCGUAACGUCAUUUUAAACACAUUUAUUUCUUCUCAAUGUCCCAUUUAGCCAAAAGGUAAUACACAUUCUAGGACGGGCAGUGAAGGCAUGAGGUGUCGAAGAUAGCAAGCCAGGUCCAAGGUUAUCAUGGAAUUGAAUCAGCUGCAUUCGAUGAGAGAACUCGAAUCCAAUGUUGAUGAACCCGGAAAGGAUAUCAAUGGAAUAUAUCCAAACGCAAAUAUAGAUCCUUCCAUUGAUGCCUGUCCCAAAGUUGGACGAUACUCGACUUUAUCAGAUGAUUCUGUUGACACACACUCCUUCAAUGAGAGAGUUACGCGCACCCAUUACCAUAAAACUCGAAGGCGUUUCAAACAGGUGUGCCUAAUAACGACCGUUGCGAUAGCGGUGAUCCUAUCUGUCGCGGCGAUCGUUGUGAUUGUGCUCUUCACUACCGGGCCGAUCCAACGAGAAAAGGCUACAGCGCCACAGGCUCUUAAAAGCGACCUUGACGAGUCAAGGGUCGGAAGCUGUCACGUCGAAAACAUUGGAAUAGCAGAUGCGUCCGCAGUGCCUUACAGAAGGGGCUCCGUUGUGUCUUUCAAUAACAUUUAUGGCUGCUCUCGUCGGAAUCAAAACCUUCAUUACGAGAUUCACGUGCUGGGGGUGACGUCAAGCGUCUCAUCUGACGUCAGCAUCGAUGUCAUACUGAACAAACGGGGUCCACUCACCGGUGAUUUGAUGGUUGUGUUGCUGUCCAACACUAAUACAAAUUGGACAUUACAGAAAACAGAUGCAUUAUCUCAGGAAAUUACCCUUGUAUAUUGCAGGCGUGAUAGUGUUAUCACAAAACAGAAAUUAGUUCAGCGGGUUCCUUACUUUUGUUCCAAAGAUGGCGACUUUGCCGUAGACGUGGUUUCUAAUAUCAUCAGUAACAUAAAUUCUCGUUAUGGCGAGAUCACGUCGUAUACCUACACUCAACAGUGUGAAAAGUGGGUGCUAUAUUUUGGGGAAGCUCAACAAGCAGCUACCACCGAGAAACCCGAAAAAGAAAUGACCACCCAAGCAUUAGGCGUACUCGAAAAUGCCAACAUUUCUAACGUGCGGUUAGCCGACAGUUGGGAUACGUCAUCUGGCCAUGUCCAAGUUUAUAUACAACAGAAGUGGUACUAUUUAUGCAACAGAUUAUUUUCUCCCAAUGAUGGCACUGUCAUUUGCAAAACAUUGGGAUUUGGAGAUCGUGCCAGCGUGCAUGUGGGAUCAUAUUUCAGCACCCCAGUUGUCCCGCCCUUAAACCUCGGUCUACACUGCACGGGAAAUGAAUCGUCCGUCUACCAGUGUCUCUAUAAGGAGAACUUAUCCUCUCCCUGCUCUGUUAACGAGUUGACUUCGCUUACAUGCACACCGGAAUUAACGACCACUACUGAACCAAGUAAGAGUAAUAUCCGGAAUGUAUCUGGCGUUCGUCUGGCUGAUGGAACGGUCAAGAAUAUCGGACAUGUCCAGCUUCUUAUCGGUGAUAACUGGUAUUACCUAUGCAAUGACCGCUUUGAGGUGGCUGAUGCCAAAGUUAUCUGUAGAACCCUGGGAAUGGGAAACCAGGCGCGUAUACGGCGUGUGAUACAGUACAGCGCUGUAGACUCUGUCCCCAUGAGUGUGGAGUUACACUGCGAAGGAACAGAGUCGGAUGUACGGAACUGCCCAUACCAAGCAUGGAGCCCUUUCCGACAGUCGUGUGACAAAAAAAAUAUUGUUUUCAUGGAGUGUGUGCAAGCCACCACGACUGUUCAGCCGACCAUUCCAAGUCUAUCACAAAUCUCAGACGUGCGCCUCGUAAAUGGCAGCACGAGGUACGAGGGCAACGUUCAGGUGAGGUAUGGGCCGCAUUGGCGCUACGUCUGUGACUAUUCUUGGGGAGUCGAGGAUGGGAAUGUCGUCUGCCAACAGCUAGGGUUUGGACCGGCAAGCCAAGUCAACUUUAAUUCAUACUUCGGAAGUCCACCUGACGAUUCUACGGCAGAUAUCAGUCUCAGCUGCUCGGGCACAGAGAAAAGUGUUGGAGAGUGCCGCUAUUCAACCAUGUUUGAGCGUUCCUUCUGCUCUAACACUGAUGUGGCUGGGUUAUCUUGCCACGUGGAGGAGGUUCUGUCCGAUGGCUUUAACUGCACAUUUGAUAGAGGCAUGUGUGGGAUUAAAUUGGAUCUAACAUCGUCAUACAAGUGGGGUAGGGGAAGCGGAGGGACGCCAACAGCAAAGACCGGACCUUCUGCUGACCAUACGACUGGGACCGGCUACUAUGCCUUUUAUGAGUCAAGUGUCGGCUACAGUGGAAUCAGUGCAAAGAUGACCACGCCCACUAUCCUGGUGAACAGUUCUAACUCCACCCCCGUCUACAAUGUCUCCUUCUGGUACCAUAUGCACGGCAAGGGAAUGGGAACACUAAGAGUCAAGCAGAAAGAUAACUAUGAGAGCGUCAUUUGGCUACGGAGCGGGCCGCAAGGGGACGCUUGGCUUCAUGAAGAGCUGCACAUUAUGGCGGAAGAAAACUUCAGCAUCGUUUUUGAAUAUGUUAGAGGGUCAAGCUUCUUAGCAGAUGUUGCCGUAGAUGAUAUAUACAUCAACCAGAUUUUCAAUGCUGUUAAUGUCACCGUUCCUGACAGGGCUGAAGUGAGACUGGUAGGUGGCAGCACCAGACGUGAGGGAAGAGUAGAGGUAUUCUACAUGGGGCACUGGGGAACUAUCUGUGACGACGGGUUCACUAUGUCUGCCGCGCGGCUGGUUUGUAGACUGGUUGGUUUUAGCGAUGCAGUGCAUUUCAAGGGGAGAGCUCACUAUGGUCGAGGCACAGACCAAAUAUGGCUCAGUAAUCUGAACUGCAAUGGCUCGGAGAUUUCAAUAGACGAAUGUCUUCACGGUGGGUGGGGUACACACAGCUGUUCACACAGAGAGGACGUGGGAGUACUGUGCAGAGAUCCAGGAAAUGAAAUAAUUGAGUGUUCGUUCGAGGGAGGCCUGUGUAACUUUACGCAGGAGGCUACAGACGACGCGGACUGGGUGCUUCACACUGGGGCCACGCCUACUUCCGGCACGGGUCCGAGCUCAGAUCACACUCUACAAAAUUCACAAGGUUACUAUGUCUACCUUGAAGCCACAACUAUCUCGGUGAACUCUUCGGCUCGGCUCGUGUCGCCGCUGAUCGAUGUCAACGCCACGAGGGACUACAACAUCUCCUUCUGGUUCCACAUGCAGGGAUCGGAUAUGGGGAGGCUCAGAGUCAUAGUUUCACAGAACAACACAAACAAAACUCAUUUUGACUUACCAAAAGAAGGGGCCUCGCGAUGGCUCUUCUACUCUUUCAAUGUCACCGUUUAUUCACCUUUUCAGGUUAUCUUUGAGGGAAUCCGCGGUAGUGGUGUCAGGUCGGACAUAGCACUUGACGACAUAGCUAUCUCACCUAGUAAUUUCAGCGGUUUGCAAUCGGACGUCUCUUUGCGUCUGUCGGAGGGGUUUGAAGACUGGGAAGGAAGAGUUGAGAUCUACUAUAAGGGCGUCUGGGGAACCGUGUGCGACGAUGAAUGGGACAUUGAUGACGCUAACGUCGUGUGCCGAGCUUUGGGUUACAGUGGAGCGGAGGCCGCUUACAAAGCAGCAGCCUUUGGCGGAGGAACUGGUCGUAUCUGGCUGGAUAACGUGAUGUGCCUCGGGUUCGAGCCGUCCCUAGAAUACUGUGGACAUAACGGCUGGGGAGUUGAGAACUGUGGACACAGUGAAGAUGCCGGUGUCAGUUGCACAGUUCCAGAUAUUACGAUAUCAGCCAAGCCUAACGUCAGCUGCGACUUUGAUGGUAACUUUACUAACUUGUGUGGCUUGGCAGACAAGUCCAAUACGGAAUUCAGCUGGCUUCAAGGCAGUGGGUCUACGCCUUCCAUAGGCACAGGACCGCCUUCUGAUCAUACAAAGGGGUCAAUCUCGAACCAAGGAUACUAUAUGUACACUGAUGGCACCAAGGGGUCCUCAGGAGACAGUGCUAAACUGGUGGCGCCCACUAUCCAAAAUACCUCUGACGUUUAUGACAUAGCAUUCUGGUAUCAUAUGCACGGUUCUAAUAUUGACAAAAUGAAUGUUUAUGUUAAUACGAAGGCCAAUACGAAGGUUAUAUUAUGGGAAAAACAAGGCGACCAGGGAAUGGAAUGGCAUUAUGGGAAAGCCACACUGUGGACAAAUGGCAGUUUUAAGGUGGUGUUCGAAGCAAUCCGCGGAGACGGCUACAAAUGUGAUAUUGCAUUAGACGACAUAUACAUAGGGCCGUCAACGGUUCCCGUCAUCACGAACCUGACUUGUACUUUUGAAGACGGUUUCUGCGGGUUGAUAUACGACAUAGAUGAACACAUGAUGUGGACAUUACGUCAAGGGCGCACCCCUAGUGUAGCUACAGGUCCCAGUACAGAUCACACCCUCUUCAACUCACUGGGACAUUAUAUAUACAUUGAGAGUAGUCAAACUGGAGCCAAACAGGGGCAUUCGGCAAUAUUGAAAACAGCACGACUUCGAGGCGGCCAGUCCUACGCUGUGAGUUUCUGGUAUCAUAUGUUUGGACAAGACAUAGGGAGCUUGGCGGUUUACACCGAGGGACUGGACCAAGUUGUCGACUGGAAUGCGUCUGGAAAUCACGGUGACAUAUGGCAACACGGAAGGAUGGUAGUGAAUGCCUCAAACGAUUUUCAGCUUGUCUUUAAAGCCAGCCGAGGCGAAUCUUACAAGUCAGACAUUGCACUAGAUGACAUCACAAUUCAGCCGUUCAGUGGUUCGCUCCCUCCUUUCACAACCCCGGCUCCUUUAAACGUGCAGGUCCGCCUGGCCGGUGGUCUUUAUGAGCAUGAGGGACGGGUGGAGGUGAACUACAGAGACGUCUGGGGCACCAUCUGUGACGAUAGCUGGGACGUUAAGGACGGCAAAGUGGUGUGCAAAAUGCUUGGUUAUAGCGAUGCAGCAGCCGUCUACAAAGGCGCCCAUUUCGGCGCUGGUUUGGGUGCAAUAUGGCUGGAUGAUUUACAGUGUAACGGGAACGAAAGCAGUUUGCUAUAUUGUCAGCAUGCUGGCUGGGGACACGAGAAUUGUGAUCACACAGAAGAUGCUUCAGUCAGAUGCUCUCUGGCAGAAACAACAACCACAGCUGCGACUACCACAUUGUCUGUAAACACGUCGUGGUGCCUUCCAAAUGGUACUGUAAGGGCCAAACCCCACCCUACGAGUUGCCGUGAGUUUCUUUUCUGCUCACGGUCUGGCAAUGUGGUUGUCACACCUUGCAUAGCCGGGGACUUGUUUCAUCCAGAACGAGGCAUCUGUGUCAGAGAGGAGCACAUGGCCCAACGGUGUUACUCGGAUGGAAGACGAAAAACCGGUGUGCCAAUCCAAUGCCCUGACGGAUGGGUUGAGUUCCAGGCUCGUUGCUAUAAGUACUUUGAUGCCGUAAGCAAUUAUGAUCGUGCUUUGAAUACGUGUGCGACGUUCAAUGGGAGCCUUGUCAGUAUACUUUCGCAAGAUGAGCAGGGCUUCCUUGAAUCUAUGCUAAGCAACUACACGGGUCCUCCAACGUUCAUAUACAUUGGCCUGGAUGAUAUCGCUGUGGACAGAGACUGGAGAUGGACAGAUGGCUCCGUUGUCCAGUACACCAACUGGGAUGUCCGAAGUGGUCAGCCCACCAAACUUGACAUUGGCGAAGACUGUGCUACCAUAGCUCCCCAUAUCCUCUACCUGUGGUAUGAUAGACAGUGCACGCUGGAAUACCCUUUCAUAUGUAAAAUAUAAAGACUCGUGGCUGAGUUUUCAAAUAUGUACUAAUGAAAAUGGCGAAACAGGCCGCGUUUACAUGCACUAUAGUUAGCAUUUUUUAUUGGGGUAUUCAAUUGAAAAAUGAAACAUGUCGACUUUUGGAUGCCGCUUACUUUAGUAACUCCUGAGAUUUGUGAAAGAUAAUAUUCAUGUGAAGGAUGCACCUAAGCAUUUGCUUGUUUUGCAAGUAAAUUCAAGCAAAUGUUGUAGCACCGAAGCACAAAGCAAUCCAGUGUUUUUUAUAUGAAUCUACUAUAUGUAAUAGUUAUUUUCCACUGUACCCCAUGAAGUCUUAUUAGAUCUACAGUACAGAAAGGUCACUACAGUACAGAACGGUCACUUCUCGUUUUAUAUGUUUUUGUUUUGUUUUUUGGGUCUAAGUGUAAUGUAUACAGAUACGCUGGUAAAUUAUGAUGAAAUAUUUCCCAUUUUCCAGAAUGCAUUGAAUGUUUUAGUACAGAAGUUGAUACAUUUAAUGUUAAUCGGACUACGAUAAUUGCAUCGGUGAUGGCAGUUGAUGUAAAGCAGGGCGCAACGAGUUUAAAACGUACUCCGUUGUAAAAUAUGAGCAAUGUACGCUUUUAUAUAUGUAUAUAUGCAUUUAUCAAGAAAGUGAAAUACGUACUGCAAGUUUAACCAUUAUGUAACCAUGUGCCAUAUUAAAGAUUGGAAUAAAAAUUAAAUUUUCAUUGUAAAAUGUUUAGAUAGAUUUAAGAAACAAAAAGAGGCAGUAAAGUAAAAAACACAUGCCAACAUGCAUUGUGGUGUUUGCAAUGCAGAUGUAUGCUAUGUAAAAGGACUUUGCUCACUUGUUUCGAACAUUUAAAUCCGAGUUACAGAAUAUAUAUGCGAAAAAAGCAAGUUUGGAGAAUGAAUAAAAUGUUUCAAUUAUUGUGUUUCUUUUAUCAAGAGCUU